AUGAUGCGCACUUCUUUUGCUUCGCUGAUGGCGACGCUGCUUGCCCUGCUCAGCAUGUCUGUCGCAGUGAGCGCAGCGAACCUACUGCCGCUAUACGGUCGGGGAUUGUUCGACGUGGAGCUGGUGUGCCGCAGCGCCGCACCGAGUGCGCCAAUGAACUACAACAAAUCUGUUAUCAGCGCGUUUCGCUUAUCUGUCAGUGCGAGCGCGAACAGGACGGAAGAACCCGUUGUCUUCCCAUUCUCCAUGGAGAGGACCAUGGAUAGCGAUUACAUCCAUACCUACUACAUCAACGCCACGGAUAAGUAUACGGUCUCUGACAUGGACGGCUGCAUGCACACGAAGGGGUCGUACAGUUCCUCAGACGAUGUGCUCUUGGCUCAGAGCCUCGUUGGUAUGUUGCAGGCCCCGCUCCCAACGACAUUCACCACGAGCACCAUCCGUGGUAUUGUGGUCAAAAACUACUCGAAUCACUUUUCCCUCAUCAUUCCGGUCAAGUACGGUGGUCUUGGGACAUCCGCCACGUACAGCGCCGCUGUCCUGACGAGUACGCAAGGGUGGUCGGCGAAUUUGAUGCAGGUGAGUCGGACUGCCGUGUCGAUAGAGGUGACUGCAGUCACCGCCAGCACGAUCAACAACUGCCUCUUCACCUUCUCUUUCUUUGGCUCUAACGUCUCUGACGCGGUGAUGCCGCCUUCCCACUGCGAAAGUGUAUCCCCAUCCCCUGCUCACUCAGUCACCGACUUGCCGAUGAAUUUUGCUCGGUCGACAAUCGAAGCCUCUGUGGUCAAUGCUCGCUCCUCCUCCUCAUCGUCGUCAACAUCGGCGUCUACCAGGAACAGCAAUAUGCCCGACUUUCCUGCCGAUUUCAGUGCAAACUUUCUUGUUAUCUCGCCGUCGCAGAAGUCCUUCUACCAUCUUCGUGCGGCCUUCAGCCUCUACGCAGGUAUCUCCCGCGCCAGCUUGCAGUAUCCCAUGAGUGGUGUCGCCGGUCGCGUGUACGAGUACGAGUGGUUCACCAACUCAUGGGAUCAGAUGUCGUACUACUACACUAAGUUUGCAGUGCCAGAUGGCGAGGAGACGGCCGACAAGGCUCUGCGCGAGUAUUUCUUUCCUGACCAGAACACCUGCAAACGCAUCCUUAUCGGCUACGACAAGAGUGCCAGGAGCGUCAGCGCCUUGCUGCUCUACUCGCCAAGCGUGCCGCCAACGUUUAUCGGCAACCAGACGGUGCGCAACAUCCCGUGUGGGGUGUGGGCGGCAGAGGUGAACGGCGUUCGUGUCAUGUGGUACUGGGCGACUUCUGAUUUGGUGGACACGACGUCGUUCUGGACAAACGAGAGUGUGGAUAGUGGCGUGUCGAAGCACGCUAGGCUGGUGCGCAUGACGGUCAGCGGCCGCGGCGGCGCCCCACCGCUGUUUGUGCACCACCCCUUCUUCCCGCAAGGCUACGCCUUCCCUGCACCUGAUCGUUCGUUGGCGUGCAAGGUGAUGCUGCCUGAUGAAGUGGAUAUAAGUUGCGACGGCCACACCAAGGAUGCUGAUUUCACUCACAUCUACGACAUCAUGUCUUAUGUGCCGUACGUUCGAAGGAAUGACUAUCGUACCCCGCUCGCGUGCAAUGGCAUCAAGACGUCUGGCUCAAUCCCUAGCUUUCAGUGCAACUACAACGGCGUCAGGAGAGGGGUGGUGGCCGCACUACUGAUUGUGGUCUCGCUGUUGUUCUCUCUUGUGAGUGGGUGCUGCGUGUGGUGCCCCUUCUCACGAAUUGUGCGUCAACAACAGCGUGAGCUGGUGCGAUUCACGCAGGAGUUAGGCCAUGCUCAAAGCGCUAACGACGUUGAGGGGCAGGAUGAAGCGAACAGGGGCGCCACAUGUGGGCUUGAUAACAAGUAUCCCUCCUCUCUUCGACAUCUCUCAUGA